CAUGGAUAAAAUAAACAAUUUGGUACUAGUGCCAUCAAUAUAAGGAAAAAAAUGCAUCACUAGAUAUGCUAUGACAUAAAAUAUAAAAUAAGAGAGAUAGUUAAAAAAGGUUGGAGAAUAUUAAAAAAGAAAAGAAAAGAAAGAUAGACAGAUGAACUGAUUCUGAAUUUUUUAUUAAAAUAUUAUUAAGGG